UCGCCAUGCCUCAGCUGAGCACCUUCACGCGUCGGCUGCGCGCCUUCCUAGGCCUCCCCCACGACAAUGGACACUUCACGUGCCAUCCCGAGAACCUUAAAAAAGGCGAGAGGCUGAAGGUCCCCGGCGUCGUCAAACGCGAUGCUCAAGACAGGUCGUACGUCGACUGGAGCGAGUCGGCGUGGCAGGAGGUGGACCGGGACGGGUUCCUGGAUUUAGAAAAGGGCGUGACGGGCGAGACCCACUUCGCCGACAUACCGAGGAAGACCAUCGAUUCCAGGCUCAGCGAGGUGGAGGAGAAGGUGUGGAGGGCUGCGAACGCGGCGGAGGGCGACGAGACGGCACUCAGCGUCUCUUUAGCAGAGGACGUCUGGCAUCUUCUCACCGUGGACCUCUCCAUCGCCAAGCUCCUCCUGCUGGAGGCGACCGUCGAGCUGUUCAUGAUCGUAUCCUUCGCGAUGCUGAUGUUCGUGGUGGACAUCGCCGAGAGCUUCACGGAUGACCAGACCAAAGCUGAGCUGUUUAGGAGCAAACUGAUGUUGAGCCUGACUGCGGUGAGACUGAGCACGGAUUCCAUCUUCGGGUGGACGGGUAGGAGAGCCUCGUCCGGGAUCGAGGUGGCGAUCCUCGCCCUUCAGGGCUGGUUCCACUGGCUCCUGCUCUCCAUCGCGGGCGCGGUCAUCGUCGCCCGAGCGCUCAAACCCUUGCGCCAAGUCAUCUUCGCGCCAGACGCGUGCCUCUCCGACCAAGACUUGAGCGUUCGAAUGCAAGUCAUACGGCACUCGACGGUUACCCUGUAUAACCUGCAGUUCACCAUGAACCUCGUGGCGAAGGGCGGUAAGGCGUGGACCCUGCCGAUGUCGGUGCCCACGCUCGCGAGGUGGACGUCCGCGAUGCCGCUGACCAUCAAGCACGAAAUCGACGAGAACUCGCCGCUGCAUCCGAGCCGCGGCCUCCUCCAAGCGCUGAUGUACGUCCGCGUGUCGAUGUCCGCGACGGAUAACCACGGCAUCCCGGUGAACGCGGGGAUCGUAUACUACGACCCGGACUCGUUCUUCGCCCAGCGACCGGCGUUCUCGCGGGCGUUCGCGAAGCAGGGGUACCUCUUCCCCAGGCUCCUGCGAGGGAAAAAAUUCUGCGACCAGAUGCGGAUGUUCCGGGACGAGCAUAUGAACAUGAUCAAACCCGAGACGCUGCCGAUGUUGAUAUGCGACCUGGACAACAUGCCGCGGACGAAGGUGGACGAGAAGGCGACGGAGGCGCUGGCGCCUUACCAACACAGCAACGCGGUCAACAAAGUCGUCACCUUCGAAGGUAAAAGACCAUAGUAACUUAGCACUAGAGCGUUAUUUCGGGAGCGUUUCCCCCCGAGGAUCCACAUACCGGUAUCGCACGCCGCCGUUCGAAGACUCUUCAUCGCCACGCGGACCCCCGGAUGGGAAGCUCCGCGUACCUCACCUCCCGUUUCUUCCCACUCCCCGCCCCCGCCGCGCGCUUCUUCUUCAGGUACGCCGGCGUCCCGAUGGUCCUCGGCGAAAACGUGCACUCCUCAGCCUCCCGGCGCGCCUUCGCAGCCUUCUCCGCCUCGUACUCCGCCCUGGACCUGGAAAGCACGGAGCCCGGCGCCAACCCGAAGGCACCGCGAGUGCGCUGCUGAAACGUCGUCGCGCUCGACGGCGCCGGGCGCUCCACCGCGGACGCCGCCGGCGGCUUCGUCAGCAGGGAGGACCUGCCGCGGAUUCUGGACACCGGCAACGCCGGCGCGGGAGCCGGCUUCGUGACCGGCGGUCGUCUCGCCGUGACGUGCGCUUUCGUCUCGAACGAACUUCGCAUCCGAGCCGGCUGGGAGCCCGGCGCGCGCUCGGUCUCGUGCGACGCGAGGAGCGCCUCGAAAUCAUCAGCCUCGCGGUCCUCGCGUUUGCGCUUGUCCUUGUCGAGCUGGCACGUCUUCGCGACGGGAGCCGGGAGGAGCGUCUUCGCAUCCCCCGCCUUCUCCUCGGCGCCUCUCGACGUCGACGCGUUGGCGCCGAGCGAGGCGAGGGGCGCGCCGGUCGCCUCGCGUCUCUUUCCGCCGGGGCCCGGGGCGCCGCGGGGGGUGCCGAGGAACCUGCGAAUGUCUGCGUUCUCGUCCAGUCCGAGCAACCCGUCGUCGUCCGAGUCCGAAUCUGGCGCGAUCGCCGCCGGCGUCUUCGCCCCGGCCCGCGUUGGCUCGGUCGCGCCCACUCGCCGCUUCUCCGGGGACGGCGCGGACAUCUUCUCCGAGAAGAGCCUCACCGCGGGCGAUUCCGCGGAUUCAUCCACCUCGGUCGUCGUCGUCGUCGUCGUCGGGGGGGGGGGCGGCGGCGGGGUGUACUCCCCGUCCUUCGCGUUCGUCGCGGCGUUCAGCCUCGCCAGGGACGCGCGCAAUCGAGCCGCUUCCGCAGUCGACGAAACCGGCCUCGACGAAGCCGUCCUCGACUCCGUC